GAGACCCGAAAUAGAUGGGUUCGGGCCCGUUUCAGAAAAAGGUAAAAUCAAACAAACCGUGUCAAACUAAUUUUGGCACGAUUACAAAACCCUUGACGUACACGCUGAGAGGCAAACAAAAACCAAAAACCCUUCAAAAACUCUCGUCUUCGUCUUCGUCUUCGUCUUCUUGGAUUCCUCUCUCUAGCGAAUCAACAGUUGUUCCUUGAGCAGCGAUGGCGGGCUUUCAACCACCGAUUUAUACGCCGCAGGUCGAUGUGAAGACCAAAAUUGGCGAGAAAGUGGAUUACUCAAACCUCCCUUGCCCCCUCAUCUAUGAGGAACUCCACCGUGAAGCUUACAUGUCUUUAAAGCCAGAACUAUUCGAGGGUUUCCGCUUCGAUUAUAACAAGAUUGUGAACCAGAAGUUUUUUGUCAGCCAUAACGUAUCGAUGGGACCGACUGAGGUUCCUACUCAACAUUCCGAAGUAAUCAAAAUUCCAACUGCCAGUUAUGACUUUGGUGCUACUUUCGUUGACCCCAAGCUGCUGCUUCUGGGAAGGGUCACGACGGAUGGUAGACUUAAUGCUAGAGGCAAGUGUGAUUUAACUGACAAUUUUUCCAUCAAGGGUACUGCUCAGCUGACUAAUGAAGAACAUAUGUCGCAAGGCCAACUCACUUUUGAUUACAAGGGGUCAGACUACAGAACUCAGCUUCAGGUUGGAAAUGGUUCAAUUUAUGGAGCUAACUACAUUCAGCAUGUGACACCACACCUAUCUUUGGGUGGUGAAGUUUUCUGGAUUGGUCAGAAUAGGAAGUCGGGUGUUGGUUAUACAGGUCGUUACGAGACUGAUAAAAUGAUUGCGUCUGGGCAAGUUUCUUCCAAUGGUUUGGCUGUCAUGAACUAUGUUCAAAAGGUUACAGAGAAGCUGUCACUUGCAACGGAUUUCAUUUACAACUAUAUCUCAAAAGAUGUAACAGCUAGUGUGGGGUAUGACUGCAUGUUUAGACAGAGUCGAUUAAGAGGAAAGAUCGAUUCUAACGGUGUUGUGGCUGCUUACCUCGAAGAACAAUUGUCUCCUGGACUCAGAUUACUUCUAUCCGCAGAGGUGGAUCAUGUGAAGAAGGAUUACAAGUUUGGUUUCGGUGUUAACGCUGCUUAAUUCCGUAAAAAGAAAGACCUUGGCAAUAAGCUAAAAAGCCCUGAAGAUUCGGUUUAUCAUUCUUUGGCUGUUAGAUUCUCUUAGUUAGAUUAUUUAGUGUAUUACUCCCCAAAGAACACAAGCCAAGAAGCUCACAUUGCGGAGGAGUGUUUUCAUGUUCGUUAUUAGUUAAUUUCUUCUUAUUUUUUUAAUUGGUCAACUAUUAUCCUUAACUUCACUUAAUAGUUUAUAAUCUGACAAUCAUUUUUCCUUUUCUUAUCUUCAUAAUCAUGAAGGAAAAAGUUUCCAUCUUUUUGGACACCCAUCAUUGUAUUGAACUACUGAUUAAGCAGAUAUGACUU